UAUCUCAUGAGAGCGAGGCUGAAGCAGUGUCCUGCGCAAUGCGGUCUAGCAGGAUGCACUUGCAAUGCGAAUACAUUGAAAUUCAUGGCGAACAAGGGGGAGGUUUCUCCUUGAUUUGUAACUCGUAAACGAGUUUGUUACAUUGAAAGAUGCCCCAUUUAUCAAGGAACUCAUUCCUUCUUAGAAUACCUUGUACAUAGCUUGUUAUCAGACGUUAAUUGCGGCGGAUUCGUGAGCAAUUUCCUUGUGGUGUUGAUGUUUCUCUGGGCUGUCGUUGUACAACUCCCUACUACGAUCCGUGUUUUACAGGAAACUGGCUGAACGAACGACAAACAGGAGCCUUAUGAACUUACUUGUGUACUUGGACCCGCAACUACGCCACAGCAACAUCUGGAUAAAGUGAAUUUAGCUAUCGAUCGUCAAAAUGAGCUUUUCCUCUGAGAUAGAUGAGGAUUACGAGAAGACAAGACGGAAUAUUGUGGCAAAAUAUGACAGAGGAUAUGAUGAAAAUGCUGAGAUAGAUGACUGGGAGGAUGCAAACUUUUUUGUGUACAAAAUAACUGACAGAUAUGGAUUUCUCCACAAAAACCAGCUUCCUGAGGGGCGAGAUGAAAAGUUUCUGACAUUAGAGCGCGAGAGAACACAGAAAUGGGUAAAGAUGGUAAAGAACUGGGAUAAGUAUAUACGUGGAGAAAAGCUGAGGAGACGGAUCUACAAAGGCAUCCCAAACGCCAUGAGAGGUGAAACCUGGAAAAAUCUUCUUGGCAUUGAUAGCAUUCCAAACAGGAGCACAGUUUAUGAGUCUAUGAAAAGGAUUGCAAGAGCACAGUCUCCUGAUAUUCGGCAAAUUGACCUUGAUGUCAACAGAACAUACAGAGAUCACAUCAUGUUUAGAGAUAGAUAUGGAAUCAAGCAACAAGCCCUGUUUCAUGUUCUUGCAGCAUACUCCAUGUAUAAUGUGGAGGUGGGGUACUGUCAAGGCAUGAGUGGAAUAGCAGCUCUUUUGCUGAUGUACCUGAAUGAAGAGGAUGCUUUCUGGGCAUUGUCACAACUUCUUACUGACAAGAAGCAUGCAAUGCAUGGGUUCUUUGUACCUGGCUUCCCAAAGCUGCUUAGAUUUCAAGACCAUCAUGAUAGGAUUUUAAAGAAACUGUUAUCACGACUGUUUAAAAAUUUGGUAAGUGUUAAUUUUAAGCCUAAUAUUGAGACCAUGGCUUUCAGAAUGCUAAUCUUUGUUAUUAACUUAUUCCGUUAGGUUCCAUUUACCUUGACGCUAAGAUUGUGGGACAUCUUCAUGUUGGAAGGAGACAGACUGCUGACCGCUAUGGCGUAUAACAUUAUGAAAAUGCACCGAAAAAUAUUCAUCAAGAUGGGCCUUGAGGAGGUGGUGCAGUUUUUGCAAGAAAAGAUGCAUUCGUACCCGUAUGACGAUGAUGAAGUUAUAGAGAUGCUCCAGGCCACGAUGUUCGAGUUAAAACGUUUGGGACUGGACACGCCGCCGGCUCCUACCAGGGAGGAGUUCCCAUCACUCCCUCCUGGCGCAUCACUGAAACGAGGCGUCUUCCAAACUGCGUCUGCGCGCGCAAGGAAAAAUAAAGAAAAGGACAAAAUUAUUCGCGUGCCCAUGGACAGACCGCCGUCGCCAGCUUCGCCCGAAAUAACGCUCCUUCGUGGCGUUCCGACAAAUUUGUCACACUCUCCGCCAGCUAACUUUAACCGGAGCGAAACUUCAGUGUCGACAUUUCCCGACACUCCGACAGAUUACCAAAGCCAGGCUUCGGUGUCGACAAUUAUCGAAAUCCAACGCCAUCCUCAAAUUCCGGCGAGUUACCAUGGAGAACCACAUAAUCAGCGUUUACCACACGAAGACCCUCGUUGGUUGGACCACCGGAAGAGCGACGGGCAUGGGGUGGAGGUGUUACGGUACAAACCUCCAGACGGUCGAGUGGUGUUUCAUUCCGAGAGCGUUCUUCCGUCAGCCGACGGGCAGUCGGACGAUAGUCUACGGAGGCGAAGAGUCACCGACGGCGGGUAUAACUCGGUGUCAACAUUUCGACCAAUCAACGGAGACGUGGAUGCGCUUGUGAUGGCUUCCAAGCCUGGUGGGUCACCCAUUUGGAAACAUCACCCGAAUGAACAUCAGAAUUCUAUCCGGAGGAGUCAGCGCAGAAGCCGUGCGGGAAGUCAGUCCAGUAUCACUAGCAGAAACAGCCAGUUCAGUUUACAGAAUGUCACAUGGGAAGCUUCGAAAACCAAUCUGUACGGCAUCACAGAACUCUGAGUUGGUAUUUGCUACCCGAACACGGUCUCCCCAGUUCGGGGCACAGUAAAUAAACAGUUUGAAACUUCUGAGACAGCGCGAAGAGCUGUCCCACAGGUGUAUUGGUGGUCAUCCAGUCUUAGAGCAACUGAGCUCAGUUGAUUUUUAUCUUUCCAAAUUUUUAUCUAUGCUCAGUUUCAGCUGAACGUUAACUUGUAUAGUAUUGCUUCACUGUUCACGUUUAAUUUUAGCAGAAAACUCACGAUUACCGCCAGAAAACCAGACUGCUUUCGCUGGCUCAAGAAUAGGUUCUCAACAAAAUUCUCCUUGAGGUCUCUAAAAAUGACUGGCUUGAAAUUUUGUAGGCCUUCUGCGCCAUUCUGGCGCAAGGAGUUAGGUGAAGGUGAAGGUGAAGGUGAA